GGCGGAGCUCCGCGGCGGAAGGGCGGCCGGGCGGUUCCGCUCGAGGAAGAUGGUGGCGCCGGCGGCCCUCCGCGUGGUGCGAUGCGGCGGCGGCGCUCUGCACGGCGCCCGGGCCGUCUUCUCCGUCGGCGCCAGGUUUCUGCUGUGCGCCUCCGGCGACUUCGUGAAGAUGUACAGCGUGGCCACCGAGGAGCUGGUGCGGCUGCUGCGGGGCCACGGCGACCUGGUGACGGGCGUGCAGCUCGCCCCGCACAACCACCUGCAGCUCUAUUCUUCCUCCCUUGAUGGCACCAUUAAGCUGUGGGACUUCACAGAUGGGAUUCUCAUUAAAACGUUCACCGUAGGACAUCAGCUUCUGGCGCUGUAUGCGCUGCCUGCUUCCGAGGACUCUGUGUUUGUUAUCAUCCCGAAGCGGGGUGCGAGAGAUACGUACCAACUGGUCUCAGUUAAGCUGACCAAAGCAGCAGGCCAAGACAUGGAAGCCAAGGAAUUGUCUGUGGUUUUGGAGGGUGUGGAUGCGUCGCCAAAGUGUACUGCAUUUGGAAGAGAGGGUGAAUAUGUGGCAUCAGUUAAGGAUGUUAGUCUCCAAGUUUACUUCUUUAAACGGAAGCAAUUGAACAGGUUUUCUCUGAGAGCAACAAAUAAAAAAGGUGGAAACAAUGUCUUUACUUGUGUAGCCUGCCAUCCUCAUGAGGAUUGUAUUGCGACUGGCCAUGCUGAUGGAAAGAUUCGUCUCUGGAGGAAUUUCAACCACAAAAAAGAGUACACCUUCUCUACACUGCACUGGCAUCACGAUAAAGUCCUGGAUCUAGCUUUUUCUGUAGAAGGAACCAGUUUGCUGAGUGGAGGAGUUGAAUCUGUUCUAGUUCAGUGGCACAGUGGAUCAGACUGCAAGAAGGAUUUUCUUCCUCGCUUGGGAUCUGCUAUUGAAUACGUCUCCAUUUCAUCCGAUGGCACUUUCUAUUGCACCUCACAUACAGACAACAGAAUUACAAUAAUAAACAGCAACCUGAGAUUUUCCAAAACUAUUCAAGGGCUAAUUAAAGCCAGGGAUAUCAAGACAGGUCUAGUGGUUGAUCCUAGAACCAAAGCUUUGGUCCUGAAUGGAGAGCCUGGCCACUUGCAGUUCUACUGUCUCCAAAGUGACAAACAGCUAUACAGCUUGGAUAUUGUUCAACAAGAAUACAUCCAUCAAGCUGGCUUAAACCAAUCUGACUUGGCCAGAGUUGCAUUUAGUGCUCAAGGCAAGUGGUUAGCAACAGUAGAAGAGAGAGAAGAAACUGACCUGGAGUUACAGUUGAAGCUGUGGUUCUUUGAUGAGGAAACCCAAAGCUUUAGGCUGAAUACUAGAAUAAGUAUGCCUCACGAGGAUCAUGUAACGGCGAUGUGCUUCCGUGACAUGGAUGAAAUGGAAGAUGAUUCUCUGAUGCUGGUAACAACUGGGAGAGAUUGUGUGUUUAAGGUCUGGGUGAUACUAGAAGACACGGAUCCGGAGGCGCAGCAAAGUUUGAGUUGGAGCUGUGACUUCGUAGGCAGCUACCAUGGCUACCAGGCUACCAACUGUUGUUUCUCAGAAGAUGGCUCUUUGCUUGCUGUUAGCUUUGAAGAAACUGUCACUGUAUGGGAUUCUAGUACUUGGGAUCUGAAGUGUACAUUUUGCCACCCACCUGGAAAAAUAAGGACCAUCUGCUUUGGGAGACUAACAUGUUCCAAAUACCUGAUAGGUGCCACUGAUCAUGGUUUUCUCUGUUGCUGGAAUCUGCUCAGUUGUGCAUUGGAAUGGAGUGCUCACCUCAACGUCGUAGUUCUGCAACCUGAUCCCCUUUCAGAAUAUAUUGCUGCUUUCUCCUGGCUCUUUAAAGAGUCCAGCUUGUUUGUAUUUAAGCCAAAUGAGCCACGGCCAAUCUGUAUCCAGAGAAAAUUUUGUAAGGAAAGGAUCCAGUUUGCUGCCUUUGUUCCAAGAGAUGUACCUGAAACAAUUGGAUCAGAAAAAUACCUUUGGCUAAGAAGAUCCCAACUGUUUUUUCUUACGGAUACACAAGAGCUAAUGACAGUUAGCACAAAAUCUCUGGAAGAAAGACUUACACUGUCAAGCAAACAGCUGGCAGUAGAAGAAAGUCUUCCUGUGACCCCAUUUAGCUUGCUGUUGGGAAAGCACAGACAGCAACAAUCACAGGAGGAUGUAGACCUUGGAAAAAUUGUUCGCCAUCACCGUGAGCAAGAUUCCCCUGCUGUCAAAGAGCUCCUGCACACUCCAGCACAUGUUUUGCCAUCUGCUUCCUUCCUGUGUCCCAUAUUUAUUAAUUCAUUGCUUGUCUCCAAAGAGAAUAAAAGUGUGGAAGAAGCUCCUGCUGAAGUAGAAAUGGAAAGCGAAGGAGCAGAGGAUGAUUCGGAUGAGGAAAACACUGUUACUGAAAUGAAACAAGAAGAUAUAAUGCCUACAGAAUCAUUAGGAGAGACAACACACAAACUGUCUAAAUCUGAGGAAAAAGAACUACGAAAAAUAAGAAAAACAGACUACAGUUGGAUAUCAGUUUUCUAAACAUGUUCUUUUUUAAUAGUGUAAGAUGAAGCUUUGUGGAUUAAAUAUUCUUCCAGAAAUCUUUCAAGUCCUUUGGCUGUGAAUUUUAGCAACCUUUACUGCCAUAAGAAAAGAAAACUGAGGGGAGGGAUUAAAGUUGUGAAAAAAUGGCUCUGAUCUUAGCUUUACUACUGAUUCUCUGAGCUUAGAAAAUGUUUAACCUGUAUUUUUUCCCCUUGCAAGUGCAUUUAAAAGGCUACUAGCAAAACAGAAUUUAUUAUGUGAUCAGUUACCAAAUCUCCUCAGCUGAGACCAGGCUACUGAGGCCCAAGGAAGACCAGCAAACAACUUGAGUUUGUGGACUACUUAAUUCAAGAUCUGGUAGGGCAAUCUGGGGUAGUUCUUAACAGUGCUGUGUAUGGGUGAGUAACGAGUCUCCCUAGAGGUUCGUCUGCUUCUGAGAUGGUUGACAGGUGGUUUAAUACCUCUGAGUCUAGAAUGUAUUUACCUCAGAUUUUGUGGUCUUAACAUGUUCACUGGUGUUUAUAGUGCUUGUGUGUAUUUGGCCAUAAUGAAAACUAUUCCAGUCAUCAAGAAAAUUGCAUACCUUGGAAGAAGAUGGAUCUCCUGACCACUGUACUACUGAGCCUCUCACACUGGAGCUGCAGCUUCUAUGGUGUGGUGCUAACCGUGGAUGUCAUAUCUGCUGGAAGUUGGAUUAAUCACUAGAAGCUGUGGACAGACUGUGUUUUGCUGAAGAAUACUCAGAUUAACAGUUAGAAAUGGGAAUGAUGGUUCAAAUAUUCUUUGGCAAUAAAAGUAAUGCUCUCCCUACUUAGCUACUGACUUCAGGACUGCAUUGAAAAUAAUGUGGACGACAAUUAAUCUUUUCUAACACCAGAAAUAGAAAGGUAAUUAGUGGCAACUUUUUGACAAAAGCCAUCACUUCAUUAUGUGCAUGGACUACACUAAUUCUUGAUCAAGCAUCAAGGAAAGGACAGUAUGCUGAUUUUGCUGUAAGGAUUAUUUUCCAUACUUUAAUAUGUAUGUAGUUGUUUGGUCAGCACUA